AAAAAAUUCAGGAAAGAAAAAAAAGAAACGUAGUAAACCUCAUCUCCCCUCUUCUCCUUUUGGUUCCUCCUCCUCCACCUAUAGAGAGUCAUCGUCACCCACGCGAUGAUGUCCUCCUCCAUUUUCACCGGCGUUAAGUUCUCCCCGAUCCUAGCUCCUCUUAACUCCCGUGACCGCUCCUCUGGUUUUAUAAAACAUAGCCGCAACACCAACAAAGUUAGGUUUAAUCCCGCGCCGCACCGUGCUGUUCGCGUCGAAUCUCACUCCCUAAUCCCUUCCAACCGUCUUUGGGGGAAACAAACUACGAACAAGGGACGUUGUUUGAAGAGGAACACUGUUCUUGGACAGAGAAUUACUCAGACAUCACUUUCUCAGCGGCCUAGUUUUUGUCUCACCUGUAAAAAGACACAACAAGGGAUCAACAGAAGAUUAUUACAACCAGGAGCUUUUCUGGACAGAACUUCAUUUGCUUUGUCCAGGAGGACGUCUUCUUUGGGAAAACCUUCUCAGAUUGUGAAUGCAACUGUUGGACCAGAUGAGCCACACGCUACUGGUACAGCCUGGCCGGAGGGUAUUGUUGAGGAGAGACAAGAUGUGGAGCUAUUGCCUCCUGAGAUUGAUGCCGCGGAGUUAGAGGCGUUUCUUGGUUGUGAGCUUCCUUCUCAUCCUAAGUUGCACCGGGGACAGUUGAAAAAUGGGCUUCGGUAUCUUAUUUUGCCUAACAAAGUUCCUCCAAACAGAUUUGAGGCACACAUGGAAGUUCAUGUAGGAUCGGUUGAUGAGGAAGAUGAUGAGCAAGGCAUUGCUCAUAUGAUAGAACAUGUGGCAUUUCUUGGGAGCAAGAAGCGUGAGAAACUUCUUGGUACUGGUGCUCGCUCUAAUGCCUACACCGAUUUCCACCAUACAGUGUUUCAUAUCCAUUCUCCAACGCACACAAAGGACUCUGAGGAUGACCUCUUUCCAUCGGUGCUCGACGCUUUGAAUGAGAUAGCUUUUCACCCAAAAUUCCUCUCUUCUCGAGUUGAGAAAGAAAGGCGGGCCAUACUUUCAGAACUUCAGAUGAUGAAUACCAUUGAGUAUCGUGUUGACUGCCAGUUGUUGCAACAUCUACAUUCUGAAAACAAGUUGGGUAAAAGGUUCCCUAUUGGACUGGAAGAGCAGAUUAAGAAGUGGGAUGUUGACAAGAUCAGGAAAUUCCACGAGCGAUGGUACUUCCCAGCGAAUGCCACACUAUAUAUUGUGGGAGACAUUGAUAACAUACCUCGGAUUGUCCACAAUAUUGAAGCCGUGUUUGGAAAAACUGGUUUGGAUAAUGAGGCAGCACCCACUUCGUCUUCGCCUGGUGCCUUUGGUGCCAUGGCUAAUUUUCUUGUCCCGAAGCUGCCAGCUGGUCUUGGUGGAACCUUUUCCCAAGAGAGAACAAAUACUGCUGAUCAAUCCAAGAUCAUUAAAAGAGAAAGACAUGCAAUUCGUCCUCCGGUGGAGCAUAAUUGGUCGCUUCCUGGAACCAGUGUGGAUCUUAAGCCUCCGCAGAUAUUUAAGCAUGAGCUUCUUCAAAAUUUUGCAAUCAACAUGUUCUGCAAGAUACCUGUAAGCAAGGUCCAGACAUUUGGGGACCUGCGAAAUGUUCUGAUGAAAAGAAUAUUUCUCUCUGCUCUACAUUUUCGAAUUAACACGAGAUACAAGAGUUCAAAUCCGCCAUUUACCUCAGUCGAACUGGACCAUAGUGAUUCAGGAAGGGAAGGUUGCACUGUUACGACUCUUACUGUCACAGCAGAGCCCAAAAAUUGGCAAAAUGCUGUAAAAGUUGCUGUCACAGAGGUUCGAAGACUCAAAGAAUUUGGCGUUACCAAGGGUGAACUUACACGUUACAUGGAUGCUCUUUUAAAAGAUAGCGAGCAUCUUGCAGCCAUGAUUGAUAAUGUGUCGUCCGUUGAUAACCUGGACUUUAUAAUGGAAAGCGAUGCACUAGGUCACACGGUUAUGGAUCAGACGCAAGGACAUGAGACCUUGGUUGCUGUUGCUGGGACUGUUACGCUUGAAGAGGUAAACACUGUUGGCGCCAAGGUUUUAGAAUUUAUUUCUGAUUUCGGAAAGCCCACUGCACCUCUUCCUGCAGCAAUAGUUGCUUGUGUUCCCACAAAGGUGCAUGGUGAUGGGGUUGGUGAGAGUGAUUUCAAUAUAACUCCCAGCGAAAUAUUGGAUUCUGUCAAAUCAGGAUUACUAACACCCAUUGAAGCUGAGCCUGAGUUAGAGGUGCCAAAAGAAUUGAUCUCUCAAUCACAAUUACAAGAGUUAACCUUGCAGCGAAACCCAUGUUUUGUCCCUAUUCCUGGGUCAGACGUAACAAAAUUGCAUGACAAAGAGACUGGCAUCACUCAGCUACGCCUAUCCAAUGGGAUACCUGUAAAUUUCAAGAUAUCUAAGACAGAAUCUCGGGCUGGUGUCAUGCGGCUUAUUGUUGGUGGUGGCCGAGCUGCUGAAACGUCAGAUUCUAAAGGAGCUGUGGUUGUUGGUGUUCGUACACUGAGCGAGGGUGGUCGAGUUGGAGAUUUUUCAAGGGAGCAGGUGGAGCUCUUCUGUGUCAAUCAUUUAAUAAACUGCUCGUUGGAGUCAACUGAGGAAUUCAUUGCCAUGGAGUUCCGAUUCACUCUGAGAGACAAUGGAAUGCAAGCAGCUUUUCAGCUGCUUCACAUGGUGCUUGAGCAUAGUGUCUGGUUAGAAGAUGCAUUUGAUCGAGCACGGCAGCUAUAUCUUUCGUAUUAUAGAUCAAUUCCUAAAAGCUUGGAGCGUGCGACUGCUCAUAAACUCAUGACCGCAAUGCUGAAUGGUGAUGAGCGCUUUAUUGAGCCGACACCUAAGUCGUUACAGAACUUGAAUCUAGAAUCUGUGAAAGACGCGGUCAUGAGUCAUUUUGUUGGGGAAAAUAUGGAGGUAAGCAUUGUGGGGGAUUUCUCAGAGGAGGAAAUUGAGCGUUGCGUCCUGGAUUACCUUGGUACAGUUAAAGCUAGCCAUGAUUCUGCAAAACCACUAGGAUCUGAGCCUAUUGUGUUUCGCCAACCAACAGCUGGCUUGCAAUUUCAACAGGUAUUCUUGAAAGAUACUGAUGAGAGAGCAUGCGCAUACAUUGCGGGACCAGCGCCAAAUCGAUGGGGCUUUACAGUUGACGGGGAUGACCUUUUUCAGUCUGUUAGUAAGCAAUCUGUUGCUCAUGAUGGACUUUUGAAAUCAGAGGACCAGUUGCUAGAUGGAAGCAACAAUGAGUUGCAAAGAAAGCUUCGUGCCCACCCUCUUUUCUUUGGAAUUUCAAUGGGUCUGCUGGCAGAAAUUAUAAACUCAAGGCUAUUCACGACAGUAAGAGACUCUCUUGGACUGACAUAUGAUGUAUCAUUUGAGCUAAACCUAUUUGAUAGGUUGAAUCUUGGGUGGUAUGUGAUAUCUGUGACAUCCACUCCCGGCAAGGUAUACAAAGCAGUUGAUGCCUGCAAGAGUGUUCUUCGAGGUUUGCAUAGCAAUCAAAUUGCUCCUAGGGAGUUGGAUCGGGCAAAGCGAACUCUUCUUAUGAGACAUGAAGCUGAACUCAAGUCCAACGCCUAUUGGCUUAAUCUAUUAGCUCACCUUCAGGCGUCCUCUGUUCCGAGGAAGGAACUGUCAUGCAUUAAAGAACUUACUUCCUUAUACGAAGCUGCUUCAAUUGAGGACAUAUACGUUGCUUAUAAUCAAUUGAAAGUGGACGAGGACUCUUUGUACUCCUGCAUCGGAAUUGCUGGAGCUCAAGCUGGCGAAGACGUUACCGCUCUUUCUGAGGAGGAAGAACCAGAAGAUUCUUUCUCAGGAGUUCUUCCUGUGGGACGAGGCUCGUCUAUGACCACAAGACCAACAACCUGAUCCACAGGUUUGGCUUGUAAUGUAAUGUGCCAUAGAUACGAUACUACAGAAACAUCAUAAGGCUCGGAAGAAGCUUCAUCAGAGGUUAUCCUUAGAGCUGUGAUACAAGAGGUUCUGUAUACGUCUUUGUGAUCAUCUUAACCUCAGUAUCUAUAGUAUUCAUCUCUUCUUGGUUUUACUUCGUAUUUGUAGAAGAACAAAACAGUACCAAGUUAGUUAACCUUUUUUUUACUGGAUCGUUACUAGUACGGUGCAAAAUUUAUGCAGCUAUAAAUGUUAUUUCUAUGGAUCACUCAUCAGUGAAAACA